AUGACUAAGUUUCGCCCUAUUAGUUUAUGCAAUGUUGUCUACAAGAUUAUCUCAAAAGUCCUUGCAAAUCGUCUUAAAGUUAUUCUUCCUGGUCUUAUUUCUCAUCAUCAAAGUGCAUUUGUUCCGGGUAGAUUGAUAACUGAUAAUGUUAUUGUGGCUUUUGAGAUUUUUCAUGCCAUGAAGAGAAGAAAAGAAGGUAGAGCGGAAACUAUUGCCUUAAAGCUUGACAUGAGUAAGGCGUAUGAUCGGGUUGAGUGGAGUUUUUUGGAGAAGGUUGAUAGGAAGGUGGUUCCUUCUCGUGGAUUACGACAGGGUGAUCCGAUUUCUCCUUAUUUAUUUCUCUUGUGUGCCGAAGCUUUCUCUGCUUUGUUGACUAGGGUGGCUAAUGAUAGAAUUAUUACUGGUGCUCAAAUAUGUCAGGGUGCUCCUAGGGUAUCUCACUUAUUUUUUGCGGAUGACAUAAUUAAAUGUGUGGAUGUGAUGCGGAGAAUGGAUAUUUCAGCGGUUCCUGGAGUUAAACAAGUAGAGAAGCAUGAGAAAUAUUUAGGGCUCCCUACCAUUAUCAAAAGGUCGAAAAAAGCGGUGUUUGCUUGCCUUAAGGAGAGAAUUUGGAAGAAAAUGCAAGGAUGGAAGGAAAAGUUACUUUCUCAAGCCAGCAAGGAAGUCUUGAUCAAAGCGAUGGCCCAAGCAAUUCCUACAUAUAUGAUGGGCUUGUUUCACAUUCCGGAUACUCUUAUUGAUGAAAUCCAUGCCAUGAUUGCUCGUUUUUGGUGGGGGUCUUCCGGUACGGAACGCAAGAUGCAUUGGUUGAGUUGGGAAAAGUUGUGUCUACCGAAGUCUCUUGGUGGAAUGGGGUUUAGGGACUUGAAAAUUUUUAACCAAGCUCUUCUUGUGAAACAAGGAUGGAGGCUCAUGAAUAAUCCGAAUUCCCUUAUCUUCAAGGUUCUUAAAGCUAAAUAUUUUAAGAACGGUAACUUCUUAUCAUCUCAUAGGGGUCACGAUCCGAGCUUUGUGUGGCGAAGUAUUUGGGGUGUGAAGUUGAUUUUGCUUGAUGGUUUAAGGUGGAGGGUGGGUGAUGGAGGAAAAAUCAAUGUCUGGGAAGAGUUUUGGCUGCCAAGUGACAAUGGGGUUAAAAUUCCUACUUUGAAUGUGGAGAGCCUUGCUGAUCUUUGUGUUGUGGAUUUAAUUGACCACGAAAGACACUGCUGGCCAUGGGACAUUGAGGCUUCACAUCAACAUUUGACUGUCAAUGAUGCUACUAUAGCUCAGGGAAUUCCGUUGAGCUUAUAUAAUGUGUCAGACUCUCUAUAUUGGUGGCCCGCUACGAAUGGAAUUUAUUCCACCAAAUCGGGUUAUUGGUUGGCAAGGAUGGGUCAUGUACGUGGCUGGACUGAACGCUUUGGUGGUGAUAGGGCCGAAAUCUGGAACUCAAUAUGGAACAUUGGAGGCCCCCCAAACUCUGUCAAUUUUUGUGGAGAGCGUGUACGGAGUCUUUGGCAAUGCUUGGUAGACUGCAGCAAAGACAUGUUAGGGAGGAUGGCUUGUGUGGGGAGCGUAUGGAAGCCACCUGCUGCUAGGCUAGUCAGAAUUAAUUCUGACGCUGCUGUCACUACCGAAGUUACUGCUAGCACUGGUGCGGUGUUAAGGGAUGAGCAGGGAGUUAUUGUGGCAGCUAAGGUGCAACGACUUGCAGGGAAGCAUCCUGUUAAAGUGUUAGAAGCCAUGGCAGCAAGGAUGGGUUUGCAGGUUGCGCGUAAGCUUGGGGAGUUUGAUAGCUUCGAUUGUGUUUAUAUUAAAAGGGUGGGAAACUGUGUUGCUCACCUUAUGGCGAGGCAAUAUCCACCUGGUGGUUUUGAGCAAUUAUAUGUUGAUAACUUUCCGCAAGGGGUCGUCUCCCUUGCCGAGCUUGAUGUUGGCUGA